AACAAAUUAUCAAUAACAAAAAUAUGUCACAAAUGGCGGCACGAUUGAAAAAAUAAUUUUAUAAAUAUUCUCUUAUUUAUUUUAUGGAUCCUAGUUAAAUUUUGAUAAAUUAUUAUAUAAAUUUAAAGUAAAACUAAAAUCGAACAAAGUUCCAAAACAGAACAGAAAACAAAAUGCACAACAGAAAUAACCAUCGUUCUGAAAGUUCUCUUGUCAAUUUGACCAAAAUGUUUGUUCAUUUAUUAAAGAAUUCUGAUGGUCAAUUGGAUUUAAAACAAGCAGCCAAAUUGCUAGAUGUCCAAAAAAGACGCAUCUACGAUAUAACAAAUGUUCUGGAGGGUAUUGGUUUAAUUGAGAAAACUGGCCAUUGUUGUAUUGUCAAUUGGAAAGGAAAUAUUAAUGAUGGCCAUGGUGAAGCCCAAACAAACACAUAUUCUGAAGAUGAAUUGAAAGUGUUCGAAGAGAAUCUUGACAGGGAUAUAGAACUGGCCAAGAUGAACUUGCGUCUCAUAACAAGCAAUCAAUCAAAUCAAUCAUUUGCCUAUGUAACUCGUGAUGAUCUCUUGAGUGCUUUUGGCGAUGAAAAUGCAUUAAUAACUGCCACCAAUAUUGAAGAGGCCGAAGUUAAAAGAACAAAUGAUACUCUACACAUAAAGUUAGAGACAGGAAGCACAAUUGAUGUUCGUCUAGUCACAGAUGAAGGUAGUUGUUUGAUGGAAGACAAUAACCUUUCCUCGGAGGAAUCCCUUCGAACAGCCGAAACUUUAGACUUUGACGAUGAUGAUGAUGUUGAUGUUGAUGAUGAUGAAGUUUUGAAAAAUGAUCCAGACGAUUGCGAUGGAUAUCAUGAUGAUGCCAUAACUGCCCAAAUCAUUUUCAAGAAUUUCAAGGAAGGAUAUUCGUUGAAGAGAUUCUAUCCAGAUGAUCCGAAUUUAACAAAUACUCCAUUUAUGCAUCUUAAUCCUCCAAAAAUUGAUUACAAUUUUGUUAUGGGUUGCAAUGAGGGUUUGUGUGAUCUCUUUGACAUUCAGAUUGUGUAAGAUAAUGCUGAUUGUUCCAAGUCCAACCAAGUGCAAAUACAAAUUUUGGAAUUUUUUGUUUGAUAUUUAUGAAAACAUUAGUAGUCAUUUUGUAGAAAUUUAACCAUUUAUUAUGAAUUUUUAAUAUAUAAUGUAAUUUAUUUUAAUAUAUAGUAGAUCAUACUUUUAGAAACAAUGAA